AUGCCGACAACAAUGGACCAAGUGGUGAAAAAGGCUAAAGACAGUUUUGGACCUAUGUUUGAUAAAAGCUUACAUGAUCUUGUUCGAGGAAUUCGAAAUCAUAAAGAAAAUGAAGCAAAAUAUAUUAAUGAAGCUAUCGAUGAAAUUAAACAAGAACUUAAACAAGAAAAUAUAGCAAUUAAAGCAAAUGCUGUUAAUAAAUUAACUUAUCUUCAAAUGUUGGGUUAUGAUAUAUCAUGGAGUUCAUUUAAUGUUAUUGAAGUAAUGAGUUCAAAUAAAUUUACAUUUAAACGUAUUGGUUAUUUGGCUGCUUCGCAAAGUUUUCACGAAGGAACUGAUGUAUUAAUGUUAACAACAAAUAUGAUCCGAAAAGAUUUGAAUAGUUCAUCUAUGUAUGAAGUUGGAAUUGCUAUGAGUGGUCUUUCAUGCUUUAUUAAUGCUGAUCUUGCAAGAGAUUUGGCAAAUGAUAUAAUGAGUCUUAUGACAUCAACAAAACCAUAUAUUCGUAAACGAGCUGUUCUACUUCUAUAUAAAGUAUUUUUAAAUAAUCCUGAUGCACUCAAACCAGCAUUUCCACGUUUACGUGAAAAACUCGAAGAUCCUGAUCCAGGUGUUCAAGCAGCAGCUGUUAAUGUUAUUUGCGAAUUAGCAAGACGUAAUCCAAAAAAUUACCUUCCAUUAGCACCAAUAUUCUUCCGUCUUAUGACAACAUCAGCAAACAAUUGGGUAUUAAUAAAAAUUAUUAAAUUGUUCGGUGCAUUGACACCAUUAGAACCAAGAUUAGGAAAAAAAUUAAUUGAACCAUUAACAAAUUUAAUUCAUAGUACAUCAGCAAUGUCUUUACUCUACGAAUGUAUUAAUACUGUAAUUGCUGUUCUUGUUUCGAUUUCAUCUGGUUUACCGAAUCAUAAUGCAUCAAUUCAAUUAUGUGUUCAAAAGCUUCGAAUACUUAUUGAAGAUUCUGAUCAAAAUUUAAAAUACCUUGGUUUACUGGCAAUGUCAAAAAUUUUACAAACACAUCCAAAGAGUGUACAAGCGCAUCAUGAUUUGAUUAUGCUCUGUCUCGAUGACAAAGAUGAAUCUAUUCGUCUACGAGCACUUGAUCUUCUAACUGGAAUGGUAUCAAGAAAAAAUCUAAUGGAUGUAGUACGUAAAUUAAUGGUUCACAUGAGUAAAGCCGAAGGAACACAUUAUCGAGAUGAAUUGUUAUCGAAAGUUAUUGAUAUUUGCAGUCAAAGUGAUUAUCAACAUAUAACAAAUUUUGAAUGGUAUAUAAGUAUUUUGGUUGAAUUGACUCGUCUUGAAGGUACAAAACAUGGAAGUCUUAUAGCAUUACAAUUACUCGAUGUUGCUGUUCGUGUUGAAUCAAUACGAGAAUUUGCUUGUAGUCAAAUGGCUGUUCUUCUUGAAAAUGCUCAUGUGUUUAUUCAUGGUUCAAAUUCAACCAAUGUUGCUGAAGUUUUAUAUGCAGCUGCAUGGAUUUGUGGAGAAUUUAGUUCGAGCUUGAAAAAUCCACAAAAAACGCUUGAAGCGAUGUUGAAUACAAAAGUGAUAUUAUUUCCAGGUCAUAUUCAAUCUGUUUAUUAUCAAAAUAUUCUGAAAAUUAUAACACACUUAAUAAUACAAUCAGAUAAUAAUGAACCAAUGAUUAAAGAACUUGUUUCAUUAUGUAUUGAGAAAAUGUCUGUAUUUCUAUCAAGUGGCGACGUUGAAGCACAAGAACGAGCAAGUGUCGUUUUAAAUAUUCUUAAAUCGAUAUUAAAAUUAAUUGAAAAACAUGAAUUUAAUGUUAAUGAAUUAUCAGCACUUUUCGAUGGGAUUCUCAAUCCCGUUGCUGGUAAAGCUCAACGAAAAGUUGCUGUACCCAAUGGUUUGGAUUUGGAUGCAUGGAUAAAUGAUCCACCAUCAGAUAGCGAAGAUGAACCCGAAAAAAAACACAAUCAAUUUGUUGCAAGUUCAACUUUAUUUGCUGCUGAUAAUACGGAAAGUUAUUAUCAUGGAAGUAACUUGGAUUCGUACAGUGGAGAUCAAUCGGAUUCGAGCAAACCAAAAAAUUAUGUUGAAUUAACUAGCGACGAAAUUGAACAACGGCGUGAAAAUAGAAAACAAAGCGAAAAAAUGAAUCCAUUCUAUUUAAAAGAUUCAGCCAAGGCGAAUUUAGCUCCAAAAACUGAAGCAUCACCGACGAACGCAAACAAUGGUAGUCGCCUUCAGGCAACAGCAUCGAAAGUAACAAUACCGGCGAAUUUACAAUUGUCGCUUUCCGAUCAAUUAUAUCGUCAAUCGAAAAUUGACGAAGAAAAUCGACGUUUAAAGAAAAAAUCCAAAUCCGAUGGUGGAUCAUCGAAAAAAGGAAAGAAGAAAGGAUCGAAUACAACGAAUGUCGACGAUAACGAAGAAGAUUUAUAUCCAGUUAUAAAAGUAACACGUGGCGGAGAACUACCCGAAGGUGUAACCGAAAGCGGCAAUGAAGAUAAUGAUAAUGAUGAACCUACGGGAAGAAAUAAAAAGCUUGAUCCACAUCGAGCACUUAAUAUUGACUUUGAAGAAAAGCCAAUACAAAAAAUGCAAACUCCACCGAUUCAAAUACAAGAACCAGUUGUAAAACCAAUUGAAACUCCACCUGUAACAACAGAAAAACCAAAGAAACCAAAGAAAAAGAAAACGGUUGAAAAAGAAGAAAAAUCAUCGACAUUUAAAACUAAAUCAAAACGAGAACGUAGCGAUUAUAAAGAAUUAUUAUCGCCUGCUGAUGAUGAAAAAAAAGCCAUUGCAACAUCAUCAAGUAAUACAACGACAACAACAGCAACAAUCAUCGCCACCGAAGAGAAGCCAAAGAAAAAGAAAACCAAAGAAAAAAAAUCAACAAAUAAUGAAAAUUCAACACCAUUUCUAUUCGAUAUGAUGAGCGAUGAUAUCAAUGUAUCGAGUGUAACUAGUCAACCUUGCCAAGAACAAAACAUCUAUAAACCAACAGCGAAAUGCGAUAACUUAACAAUUGAAACUUCAAUCAUUCCAACACCAACAGCUGCCCAAUUGGAUGUAACAUUCUUAUUAAAAAAUCUAACAUCAUCAAUAAUUGAUCAUAUUGAUGUUCAUGUUAUUGAUAGUUUAAGUUCAAAAUUACUCAAUACCACAAGUCCAAAUCAUGUAUCAUUUCCAUCGAUUACACUUUUUCCAAAUUCACAAAAUUAUAUACAUAUUUAUUUUGGUAUUACUGCUAUUUCAUUUCCACAAAAAUUAAAAGCAACAUUAACUUAUUCAAUAAAUAAGCCAACGAAUGAAACCCAAACAGAUAAGAUUGAAUUUAAAAUUGAUUUACCGUGCUCGCAAUAUUUACGCAAAAAGUCGCUUGAUUCCGACGGAUUUGCUGAUCUAAUGAGCUCAGGCACUUUAACAAUUCAAUCGCACGUUAGUAUUUCAUCAUCUAGUCAAGAUUUUUCAUCGAUAAUUCGUGCAAUUUGUCAAUCAUAUCAAUUAACUGUUGUUGAUCAAAUAAAUUCAGCUGCGUCAUUAUAUUCCGAGACAAUUCUCGGACAUCCGAUUGCUCUUUUAUUUAAAUCAACUAAUCCUCAGAAUGGUAUUUCAAUUGAUGGUAAAUCAACGGAAACACAUUUCCUAUCAAAUUUACUCGAAGAAUUAAAAAAUUUCGUCGAAUGA